AUGGCAUUAAGAUUUCCAAGCUUUAGUCAAGGCUUAGCUCAAGACCCCACUACUCGUCGUAUUUGGUUUGGUAUUGCUACCGCACAUGACUUCGAAAGUCAUGAUGAUAUUACUGAGGAACGUCUUUAUCAGAAUAUUUUUGCUUCUCAUUUCGGGCAAUUAGCAAUCAUUUUUCUGUGGACUUCCGGGAAUCUCUUUCAUGUAGCUUGGCAAGGUAAUUUUGAGACAUGGGUACAGGAUCCUUUACAUGUAAGACCUAUUGCUCAUGCAAUUUGGGAUCCUCAUUUUGGUCAACCAGCUGUAGAAGCUUUUACUCGAGGAGGUGCUCUAGGCCCUGUUAAUAUAGCCUAUUCUGGUGUUUAUCAGUGGUGGUAUACAAUCGGUUUACGUACUAAUGGGGAUCUUUAUACUGGAGCUAUUUUUCUAUUAAUACUUUCUAUUAUAUCUUUAAUAGCAGGUUGGUUACACCUACAACCAAAAUGGAAACCGAGUGUUUCGUGGUUUAAAAAUGUCGAAUCCCGCCUCAAUCAUCAUUUGUCAGGACUAUUCGGAGUAAGUUCCUUGGCUUUGACAGGGCAUUUAGUUCAUGUCGCUAUUCCGGGGUCCAGGGGGGAAUACGUUCGAUGGAAUAAUUUAUUAAGUAUAUUGUCGCACCCCGAGGGAUUAGGUCCAUUUUUUACAGGUCAGUGGAAUCUUUAUGCUCAAAACCCAGAUUCCAAUAAUCAUAUAUUUGGUACCCCUCAAGGAGCAGGAACUACUAUUCUAACACUUCUCGGGGGAUUUCAUCCACAAACUCAAAGUUUAUGGUUGACUGAUAUUGCACACCAUCAUUUGGCUAUUGAGUUUAUUUUUCUAGUUGCUGGCCAUAUGUAUAGAACUAAUUUCGGGAUUGGUCACAGUAUUAAAGAUCUUUUAGAAGCACAUACUCCUCCGGGGGGUAGAUUGGGGCGUGGACAUAAGGGUCUUUAUGACACAAUCAAUAAUUCAAUUCAUUUUGAGUAUCUUGAGUUGAAAGGGGAACUAUUCUUUUGA